AUCCAGAUUUUUCAUUUUUAGAGAAACUCUAAAUGUAUGAGAAAUUUACAGAAUGGAGAACGAAAAGGAAAAUCUCUUUUUCGAGCCACAUAAAAGGGGACUGGUGAAAACACCUCUGAAAGAAUCCACCGCAGCAAAUAUAGUGUUGGCGGAGAUCCAACCUGACUUUGGCCCUUUAACCACACCCACCAAGCCCAAGGAGAUCUCCCAGGGAGAACCGUGGACACCAACAGCCAACCUAAAAAUGCUAAUCAGUGCCGUGAGCCCAGAGAUCCGCUACAGAGAUCAGAAAAGGGGUUUGUUUGACAACGGAAAUGGAUUACCUGAGGCCAGAGAUUGUUUACAUGAACACUUAUCUGGAGACGAAUAUGAGAAAUCCCAACCCAGUCGAAAAGAGAAAAGUUUAGGAUUGUUGUGUCAUAAGUUCUUAGCUCGAUAUCCCAACUAUCCCAACCCUGCUGUGAAUAACGACAUCUGUCUUGAUGAAGUAGCCGAGGAACUUAAUGUUGAGCGCCGACGCAUUUACGAUAUCGUCAACGUCCUAGAGAGUCUGCACAUGGUGAGCCGGCUUGCCAAAAACAGGUACACCUGGCACGGCCGACACAACCUCAACCAAACUCUUGGGACUUUGAAGAGCGUCGGGGAAGAGAACAAGUACGCCGAGCAGAUUAUGAUGAUCAAAAAGAAAGAAUAUGAACAAGAGUUUGACUUUAGUAAGAGUUACCGUAUAGAGGAUCCGAUCAUCAAAUCAAACACUGGCCAAAAUGGACACCCAGACAUGUGUUUUGUCGAACUCCCUGGAGUGGAAUUUCGGGCAGCCUCUGUAAACAGCCGCAAAGACAAGUCUUUAAGAGUGAUGAGCCAGAAAUUUGUGAUGCUAUUUUUGGUGUCAACGCCUCAGAUAGUAAGCCUGGAAAUUGCUGCCAAGAUUUUAAUUGGGGAGGACCAUGUGGAAGAUUUGGAUAAAAGCAAGUUUAAAACAAAAAUUAGGAGGUUGUAUGAUAUAGCUAAUGUUCUGAGUAGCCUGGAUCUUAUCAAGAAAGUUCAUGUUACAGAGGAAAGAGGCCGAAAACCAGCUUUUAAAUGGACAGGCCCAGAAAUCAGUCCAAAUUCCAGUGGUCUUGGCCCAGUGCUUCCUUUUGCUGCCUCUGAUUUGGAAGGGAGGCGGUCUUCUAAAGAGAACUGUGCCAAAAACCUCUUUUCCACACGUGGGAAACCAAACUUCACUCGACACCCAUCUCUCAUCAAACUGGUAAAGAGCAUAGAAAGUGAUCGGAGAAAGAUAAAUUCUGCUCCCAAUAGCCCUAUCAAAACCAACAAAGCUGAGAGUUCUCAGAAUUCUGUGCCUUUCCCAAGUAAAAUGGCUCAGCUCGCAGCUAUUUGCAAAAUGCAGUUAGAAGAGCAAUCAAGUGACCCCAGAAAGAAAGUGAAAGUACAACUGGCAAGAUCUGGGCACUGCAAACCAGUGGCCCCUCUGGACACUCCAGCAAAUGCUGAGCUAGAGAUGACAGCACCGUCCCUCAUCCAGCCCCUGGGGGUGGUCCCCCUCAUCCCCAGCCCAUUGUCAUCGGCAGUGCCCGUGAUCCUACCUCAGGCCCCUUCGGGCCCAUCAUAUGCCAUCUACCUGCAGCCUGCCCAGGCCCAAACGAUGACGCCGCCCCAAGGCCUGAGCCCCACGGUCUGCCCCACGCCCUCUUCUAACGCUAAGAGAUCAAAAGGUUCCACCGAUACCACCACAGAGAAUGCAGCCAAUGAUGCACCAAAGUCCAGUGCCUCCGCCAGGCCUGGAAGCUUGCUGCCAGGGCUGGAGCGACAAGGUACAAAGAACCGAGACAGGGAGCCUGCUGGAGAAAGAGGCUCAAAGAGGGCAAGCAUGCUCGAGGACAGUGGUUCCAAAAAGAAAUUUAAAGAAGACCUAAAAGGACUUGAAAAUGUCUCCACAACCUUGUUCCCAUCAGGAUACCUAAUCCCUCUCACCCAGUGCUCAACCCUGGGGGCAGAGUCCAUUUUGUCUAGUAAAGAAAGCUCAGGUACACUUUCCCCAAACCACAGGAUCUACAGCUCCCCGAUUGCAGGUGUUAUUCCAGUGACAUCAUCCGAACUCACUGCUGUUAAUUUUCCCUCUUUUCAUGUAACACCUUUGAAGCUAAUGGUCUCACCAACUUCCGUGGCAGCCGUCCCUGUCGGGAACAGCCCGGCUCUCACUUCGAGCCACCCCGUUCCCGUCCAGAACCCGAGCUCAGCCGUUGUAAACUUCACUCUGCAGCACUUGGGCCUCAUCUCCCCCGGUGUGCAGGUGUCUGCUAGCCCCGGGCCUGGAACCGUUCCUGUGUCUCCAAGAAUAGAGGCUGUUAGUGUCACACCAGAAAAUGCAGGCACCCAGCAAGGAAGGGCCACCAAGUACGACGUAUCAGUCCUGGGCCAGAACCAAACAAAUGGACAAUCAGUUGCAGUGACAGGGGCACAACAGCCUGUUCCUGUGACACCCAAAGGGUCCCAAUUAGUGGCUGAAAGCUUCUUCCGUACCCCAGGUGGACCAACGAAGCCGGCAGGCUCCUCCUGCAUGGAUUUCGAUGGUGCUAAUAACACCUCCAUAGGAACUCUCUUUGUCCCACAGCGAAAACUGGAAGUCUCAACAGAGGAUGUCCAUUAA